AUGAUUGAAAUAAUCUCACUUCAUCAAAGAGCUGUCCUGGAUUUCCAUGUAAAUAAGGUAUGGAUUAUGACAACGUAUUGGGAUUUUACUGCAAGCAACCAGCUAAGAAACCACGAUGUACAAUUUUUCCAUGGUAUGCUAUCCUUUGCAGUUCACUCAAAGGAACCAUUAGGAUUCAAGCAAUUUCUUCAGAACAUAAAUCCUUCCUGGACAAAACAAGACGGAUUCAUCCAGGACUUCUGGGAGAAGGUCUUCAACUGUUCAUUGAAAAAUGCUGGCAUCAGUGAGGUGACCAAGAAAGAAUGCAGUGAAGAGGAGAAAUUGGAAGCUCUUCCUGGACCGUUCUUUGAAAUGAAGAUGAGUGGUCACAGCUACAGUAUUUACAAUGCUGUUCAUGCUGUGGCAUAUGCUUUACAUUCUAUGUAUGAGUCCAAUUCCAAACACAAAUCACGGUUGGCUACACAAAGGCCGGAACCCAGGAAUCUGCUGGCAUGGCAGGGCAUCUUAUUCAACAACAGUGCAGGGGAGACAGUACAAUUUGAUGUAAAUGAAGAAGUAGUCACAAGUUUUGAUGUUAUAAACUGGCUAACUUUUCCAAAUCAAUCUCUUGUAAGAGUUAAAGUUGGAAGCUUCAGUCCACAGGCUCCUCCUGGAAAACAGCUAACAAUUCAAGAUGACAGCAUUGUGUGGCCUAGGAAGUUUAAUCAGGUGCUGCCCAUUUCUGUAUGCAAUGACAACUGCCAGCCUGGUUACAUCAGGAAAAAGAAGGAAGGGGAGCCAUUUUGCUGUUAUGAUUGUUCUCCUUGUCCAGAAGGGAUGAUUUCUGAUCAGAAGGAUAUAGAUUCCUGUGUCAAAUGUCCAGAGGAACAACAUGCAAAUGUGAAUCAGGAUCAUUGCAUUCCCAAGAUUAUAAGCUACCUCUCCUAUGAAGAACCUUUGGGCAUCGCAUUAGCUUUGUUUGCUAUUACUUUUGCUCUGACCACAGCUUUGGUACUUGGAACAUUUCUGAAGCACCAGGACACUCCCAUAGUCAAAGCCAACAACCAGGACCUCACCUAUAUCCUCCUCAUCUCCCUCCUCCUUUGCUUUCUCUGCUCAUUGCUGUUCAUCGGAGAGCCAAAGAAGAUCACCUGCCUCCUCCGGCAAACAGCUUUUGGCAUCAUCUUCUCAGUUGCUUUUUCUGCCCUUUUGGCAAAAAACAUCAUUGUGGUUCUUGCGUUCAUGGCUAUCAAACCAGGAUCCAUUUUGAAGAAAUGGGUGAGGAAGAGAGUGGCAUAUUUGAUCAUCAUUUCCUGCUCCUUUCUUCAAGCAGGGCUUUGCAUGGUUUGGCUAGGCACUUUUCCUCCAUUCCCAGAUAUGGACAUGCAUUCCCUGAAUGGGGAAAUUAUAGCAGAAUGCAAUGAAGGUUCUGUCUUUAUGUUCUACUCUGUCAUGGGUUAUAUGGGCUUUCUGGCCAUUGUCAUCUUCACAGUAGCUUCCCUAGCCAGGAAAUUACCAGACAUUUUUAAUGAAGCCAAAUUUAUCACUUUCAGCAUGUUGGCCUUUUGCAGUGUUUGGCUCUCCUUUGUUCCCGCCUAUCUGAGUACCAAAGGAAAAUACCUGGUGGCCAUGGAGAUCUUCUGUAUUCUAACUUCCAGUGCUGCCUUACUGGGUUGUAUCUUUUUUCCUAAAUGCUACAUCAUUUUGCUCAGGCCUGACCUGAACAUCAGACAGCAAAUAGUAUUGGGAAAUACCUAA